UCAAGUCGAAAUGCAAGGGAACUCCCUAUGCACAAUAAAUCCUCAAACGUGUUUCCAUAGCCACUACUCCUCCAUUCAUGCUAACGUCAAAAAUCCUUCCACACAAUCUCCAACUCAGUGUGCUGCUCUCUCCAUCCUCCGCCCAGCUGUUACACCGCGUCAGACGUCGUGCCAUCACGAGGCUUCUUCUUUUUUUUUUUUUUCUUUUUUUUAACCUUUUUAUUAAUGUUAAGUGAUGUAGAAAGUGAUUCACCGCCAAGGAGGAGCUUAUUUAGGAGCGCGGAGAACCCGGAGGAGGAGAGCACUGAGCGGUGCUGCGUGGGGGAAGGCUCUGGUCGGUGCGUUGUUCAUCAGCUCUUUCUGUUUUCUCCCUCUCUUCUCCGGGUUUUCCGCGGAUCUGUCGUUUCAGCGGCGCCCGGAGAGCACGUCCGGGAUGGAGCGGAUGGAGUCAAUGGAGCCGAUCUCGGCGUGCUACAAGACGGCAUACCCGGAGAUCAACCCCGACAGCGGCUACGGCUCCGGAGAGAACCAGGCGAAGACCCCUCCAGCCCCGAGCUACGACGAAGACCUGGUGCAUAAGACCAUCUUGGUCGGGGACAGCGGCGUGGGGAAGACCUCUCUUCUGGUUCAGUUUGACCAGGGCAAAUUCAUCCCAGGCUCCUUUUCUGCCACAGUUGGAAUUGGAUUUACGAAUAAAGAGGUAACUGUUGACAACGUAAAAGUCCAACUACAGAUUUGGGACACAGCAGGACAGGAACGCUUCAGAAGUGUGACUCACGCAUAUUACAGAGAUGCACAUGCUUUGCUGCUUCUGUAUGACAUCACCAACAAAUCGUCGUUCGACAACAUCAGGGCGUGGUUAACAGAAAUCCAUGAGUAUGCACACACCGACGUAGUCAUCAUGUUGCUGGGCAACAAGGCCGAUAUGAGCGGCGAACGAGCGAUCAGGAGAGAAGAAGGAGAGAGGCUGGCCAGAGAGUAUUCGGUCCCUUUCAUGGAGACGAGCGCCAAGACGGGAGUCAACGUCGAGCUCGCCUUCACAGCCGUAGCCAAGGAGCUGAAGCACCGGGCCAUCCAGCACCCCAACGAGCCCAAGUUCCAAAUUCACGAAUACAUCGAUUCACAGAAGGAGAAGUCCGGCUGCUGCAGCUACUUCUGAGUCUCGCCUCCAAACACAGGCUGUCACGGAUACGCAGAGAGCCGCUGAGUGGGAGGAACCUCUCAGCGGCUCCCCAAACAUUUUGCUGCCGUUCAUGGGAUACAAAAAUUCACAAGUACCUCCUAGGAAGAGUCGAGGAGAAUAUAGAGCCAGGUAUUAACGUGGACGAUCCACGGUUUAACCUCUGCCAAGAGGAGAUUCUCCAAACUCUCUUGUCAUCAGAAGCUCACGCUUCGCCAUGUACAAACUGCAUUUUUAAUCUAAGGGAACAUUGCCUUAUGAAUUUCUGUACUUAGCUAGCGGCUGACUUUCAGAAUGUGAGCACAACUUUAGCCAAUUUGUUGAAGAUAUGCCUUUAAACAGCUGCAAAACUCACAUCGUGUGCAAUGCUAUGCAAAAGUAUUUGUACCCCUUACAACCAAAAUUGUCAGUGUAAUUUAUUCAUGUUUUUGGUGGUAGACCAACACAUGACAUAUUUAAUUGCCAUAUGGAGGAAGAAUAAUGAAACCUUUACUAGUAAAAAUCCAUAGUCUAGAAAGUGUGCACUAGGCUUUGAUUGGGCCAUUCUAACAAAUAAAUAUUAUGUGUUUAGAGUUGUCCUGGUCGAUGGUGAAACAUUAUGGCUUCUGAAGGCAGUUCAUUGCAUUGAAAUUUUUAGUUUCAACAGAGUAAAAGGGUCCAAGUUGAAAUGUGCGGCAUACUUUUCAGAUUUUUUUAUUUUUUUUAUGCAUUGUUUUUUUUCCACUUUGCAAUUUCUCACUUGUUUUCUUUGACUCACCGCGUAAAGUCAAACAUGAAACAUGAAAAUGAAAUUUGCGGCUUUGACGUGAUUAAAAACAGAGGAGAUGUUAAAGGAGUAUCGAAACUUUUGUAAGGUGAUGGAUUGAGACGGGGUUAAAUCUGCACAUAAACACAACGCCCAACUUUAGGCACAGCAUUUUCUGCUGGGCGGAUGUACAGUAACGCCAGCCUGUGCUGAUAUCCUCCCAUGGAUACCAUGAUAACUGGGUCAUAGACUAAAGCCCAGCCUCCAGUUUAAUAUGUCCCUUCUAUUGAGAAGCCAUGACACAAAUGAAACUCAAUUUGCAAACUAUUAUGAUGCUAAUGUUACCAUGGAUUACCAUGGGUUAGACAUUUGUAAUAUAACUGGUUUACAGGCGUCUGCUUUAUGACGGUUGUCUGCAUGGACAAUGCUUUGGUAUGUUUUUGUUUUGUUGUUUCAAUUGCAGCUAGUUGCGAUGCAAUACAAUGUUGGUGAGCCUCCUUUUGCCAACUUUGUGUUGUUUUGCGUGUGCUGAAAAAUGCAAGUAUGCUAAAAAAACAACAAAAAAACAAAAAAAAAAACAGAGACAAACCAGCUUCUUACUACGAAUGUAAGACACGAAGAAAUGAAAUGUCAAGGCAGACACAAUAGAUGUGUAAAAUGUUUGCAGGAAUAAUUUAUGAACAUAAAUGUA